AUGCCCGUGGUCCUCGGGGCCGGGACCCGGGCCCGGCCCAGGCUCCUUUCGCUGUCCUGUCUCGCGUUAGCUUCCCCGACCCGCGCUCGCGGGCCUGCCGGGCUCGGGCUGGGCGUGCUGGCGGAGCUGGCCCGGGGCCAGGCGGCGCUUUGUUUCCUGGCUCCUCCCCUCUCUGCCGCCGUCUCCGCCCGAGCCUCUGCCCGGAAGGAUGUCGGCACCGGGAGGGAUUCCCCUAGCGCCCGGGUUAGCAAGAUGAACAAAGAUGCGCAGAUGAGAGCAGCGAUUAACCAAAAGUUGAUAGAAACUGGAGAAAGAGAACGCCUCAAAGAGUUGCUGAGAGCUAAAUUAAUUGAAUGCGGCUGGAAGGAUCAAUUGAAGGCACACUGUAAAGAUAAUGAUUUUAAAUGAUAUGAUUUGUUUUUUGCUUUUGCAUAAGAGGUAAUUAAAGAAAAAGGACUAGAACACGUUACUGUUGAUGACUUGGUGGCUGAAAUCACACCAAAAGGCAGAGCCCUGGUACCUGACAGUGUAAAGAAGGAGCUCCUACAAAGAAUAAGAACAUUCCUUGCUCAGCAUGCCAGCCUUUAAGAUUGAAUUAGAUUGCGUUGUUUUGUGGUUUUAUUUCUGAAAGUAAAACUUGCCAUAAAUUAGGAAACAGUUUUCCAAAAUAAAAUCCUUUUUUGUAUGAUGGUAUACAGUUUUCAGUAAUGAUGUAUACAUUGUACUGAUUUUUUCCCUAAAUGUGUUAUUUUAAUAAAUAUCUCAUGAAUGAGUUUGAAGUUUCCUUGGAUUUUGGAUAACUGGGACUUUAUUGAUAAUUUACAAGAUUUGUUGGAGAGAAGAACUCAGCAGUUAAUAUGGUUUAAGUAUUAAAUAUGUGCAAAUUUCUGUGUUAACAACUGAGAAGAAAUAAGUAGCCUCUUCUGAUUGUUUGGAUAUAGUCUUUUGAAUCCCUAUAAUAUUUUACAAUAUGUGUCCCAUCUUGUAUUAAGUUGUCUUCUUAUUUGUUGAAAACUGAGGAUUAGGACUGGGUCUUACUCAUCUUUAUGUGCCUUCCUUAUUCCUCAAAGAAUUUACCAUCCUAAUGGAAGAGAGAACAUUUGCAAACUGGCUCCAUACCAAACUGGCUCACACUUUCAACUCAGCUGAACUUUGAAAGCAGAAACUCUAAAUUGCUGCCCCACAUACUAAGGUCAAGAAAGAACUUAAUGGGAAAUAACCUCCACCCAUAGCUUUAUUCUGACAUCAAGAUGCCAAAUCCGAUGGACACUUACCUAUCCUUAUGUGACCUCUGCUGGAAAAUGAAAUUGUUGACCAUCCUGCCACUUGGAACUUUCUUCCCACUCCUGAUUAUUUCUUCCUUCUGCUGGAAGUUCCUUCUCUUUCUUGUGGAGUACCUUUUGCUGUAUGGGACAUUAAAUAAUGGUGUUUCUUGA